AUGAACAAGUGUGAAGACAUGGAGGCCGUGGAAAUUCUUAAGCCGGAUGAUAUAUUGAGCAACAGACUCGACAAAUUGACCAAGCAUUUCGUGUCACGGUUUAACAACAAACCGCAGUUUUUCACAAGAGUACCUGGCCGUGUUAAUUUAAUUGGAGACCAUGUCGACUACUGCGGAUUUUCAGUAUGCCCGAUGGCAAUUGAGCAAGACGUACUUUUGGCGGUUGGCAAGGCGGACUCGGGGCUCCAUUUGACAAAUCUUGAGACUGACAAAUACUCGGACUAUGAUUGCGACUCUCUGAUUAAUUGCGGGGAAGUUUUAACAAAGUCAAAGGAGCCUCAUUGGUACAAAUAUUUUAUAUGUGGAGUCGUCGGAGCUUUGGAAGAGAUUCCGGAGGAUAAAUGUCAGGGUAUUAACGUCGCUAUUUGGGGAAACAUUCCACCGGCGUCGGGUUUAUCGAGCUCCAGUGCAUCAGCUGCGCAAAUAAUUGCGAAAGAAAAGCUCGAAAAGUGGGAUGCGGUGAAGACAAUCGGGGACCUCCAGAAGGAGCUCGGGACUUCGUUGCCCGAGACCUUGGAGAUUGCUAAAAAAGUCCUCCUGGAGUACCCGACUUUGUACAAGCGGAUCAAGCAUGUCCUCAGCGAGGCUGAGAGAGUUCUCGAAUUUAAAAGUAUCUGUCAGAGUUCUGACGACGACCAGCUGACCCGCUUGGGAAAGUUAAUGAAUGAAAGUCACGAGAGCCUCCGCGAUCUCUAUCAAUGCAGCCAUAAGUCCGUGGAUCUGCUGGUGGAGAUGGCACUAGAGUGCGGAGCCUUGGGAGCAAGAAUUACUGGCGCCGGAUGGGGAGGCUGCGUUGUCGCCUUGACGACCAAAGAUAAAGUAGAGUCCUUCGUGAAUGACCUGAAGCAGCGACAGAGAACUUUCAACGGCGGAGUCAGAACUAACUGCGUAGAAAAUGCAAUUUUUGUUACCGAACCUCGCGCCGGAGCUGCUAUUUAUGAAACUCGUUUAUAA